AUGUCUGCACUUCGAAAGAAAUUUGGGGACGAUUAUCAGGUAGUGACCACCUCAUCUAGCGGGUCUGGAUUCAACCAGCCUCCCCCGGAGAAAAAGAGGAAGAGGCAGCGGUUCGUGGACAAGAACGGGCGAUGUAACGUCCAGCAUGGGAACCUGGGUGGUGAAACCAGUCGAUACCUCUCAGACUUAUUCACAACACUAGUAGAUUUGAAAUGGCGCUGGAAUCUCUUUAUUUUCAUCCUCACCUACACAGUGGCUUGGCUCUUCAUGGCCUCCAUGUGGUGGUGCAUCGCCUACAUCAGAGGAGACCUCAACAGAGCCCACAAUGACAAGUACACUCCUUGUGUGGCCAAUGUCUAUAACUUUCCCUCAGCCUUCCUCUUCUUCAUAGAGACCGAGGCCACUAUAGGAUAUGGGUACAGAUACAUCACAGACAAAUGCCCCGAGGGGAUCAUUCUCUUUCUUUUCCAGUCCAUCCUCGGUUCCAUUGUCGAUGCCUUUCUGAUCGGCUGCAUGUUUAUCAAGAUGUCUCAGCCCAAGAAAAGGGCCGAGACGUUGAUGUUCAGUGAACACGCUGCGAUUUCCAUGCGAGAUGGAAAACUAACUCUCAUGUUCAGGGUGGGCAACCUGCGUAACAGCCAUAUGGUCUCUGCGCAGAUCCGCUGCAAAUUGCUGAAAUCUCGCCAGACGCCCGAGGGCGAGUUUCUUCCGCUGGAUCAGUUGGAGCUGGACGUGGGUUUCAGUACAGGGGCAGACCAGCUCUUCCUCGUCUCACCACUAACGAUCUGCCAUGUGAUUGACACCAAAAGCCCCUUCUACGACCUCUCCCAGAGGUCCAUGCAAACAGAGCAGUUCGAAAUUGUGGUGAUACUGGAAGGAAUAGUAGAGACUACAGGGAUGACCUGCCAAGCGAGGACGUCUUACACCGAGGACGAGGUUCUGUGGGGACACCGCUUCUAUCCGGUUAUCUCCUUGGAGGAAGGCUUCUUCAAGGUGGACUACUCUCAGUUCCACGCCACAUUCGAGGUGCCCACCACUCCAUACAGCGUGAAGGAGCAGGAGGAGGCUCUGCUCCUCUCAUCACCCCUCAUGGCUCCUUCCUUGUGCAACAGCGGGGAGAAGAACAGCUCUCUGGACUGCCUGGAGACCCUGGAGGACAAUGACAGCACCACGAAGCUGCCUACCAAGCUCCAGAAGAUCACGGGGCGGGAAGGCCUGCCCAAGAAGCUACUAAGGAUGAGCUCCACCACCUCGGAGAUGACUUACAGCUUUGGAGACCUGCCCAUGAAGCUGCAGCGAAUCAGCUCGGUUCCAGGCGUCUCUGAUGAUAAGCUGUCGGGUAAGACCUCCAAGAUCAGCUCAGAGCCCAUGAGUAAGUCCGUGGCGGACUUACCUCCCAAACUGCAGCGACUGGCUGGGGGAGGAGGGGGCAGGAUGGACGGACACCUGCCGCCCAAACUCAGAAAGAUGAAUUCAGAUCGCUUUACAUAG